AUGGUAAAAAUUAAUGAAAUAGAGUUUAUUGAGGAAACUGAGUAUUUCAAGUUUCAGCAUGGUUCCUGUUUUUGCAUGUUAAAUGAAGAAAAUAAGAGAAAAAAUAAAACAGAAAAUUUAAAAUUAGAUAAUGAUAGUGUUUGUAACAUUUUCAUAAUUAGCAAUGUAAAACAAAAAGGGUUAUACAUUUUCAAUAAAAAUAUAAAUAUAUUUUCCUUGUCUGAUUUUUUAUACAAAGUUGAUAAUGUAAAUGAAAAUAUAAACAUAAAAUCCAUACCUUUUUUAGAAGAUCCCAAAUUAAUAGAAAAUAAUAAAACAGAUGAUUUAUGUUUUAUAUAUACUGACAAGCAAAAUAUAUACAUAUUUGACUAUGCAACUGACGAAGUAAAACUAUAUUGUAAAAUUGAUAUACCUAUAAAAAGCUUCAAACAUAUAGAAAAAUAUUCCUUUUUGGUAUUGAGUGAAGGAGAUGAGGUAUUUAUUUUGAGUGAAAAAAUUAUGUACAAGUGUAAUCAGUUUUCUGAACGUGUUAAUAAUAUAGAUGAAAAAGAUAAUGUGUUUUUAUUUUCAUGUAAAGAUACCGAAAAAUUUAUUUUAAAAGAUGAAGAAAAAAGUGUAACUUAUAAUUUAGAUAGUAUUAGUAAAGAUGCUGAUAUAACAUAUGAGACAUGUAAUAUAAUUAGUACAAAGUUUUUACAAGUAGAUAUAAAAAAAAAAAUAUAUAUUUUAUUUGUUGUCGUUUUAUAUAAAGAUGGUGAUGAUAUAACAACAGUUACAUACGAUCUUCAUAUUGAAAAUUAUGAAAUAAAAAAAGUGAAUUAUUCUGUUAAUGAUUUUUUUUUUGAAAAUUAUGAUAAAUCUUCUUUUGUUAAAUCGGUGUAUAUUAGUGAGUGGCAAAUUUUAAUUGCAAUCUCAUCUGAAUCUUGUGAAGUAGUUAUAUAUACAAAUAAUAAUAAGUUUGUUGAAGGAGGUGAAAAGAAUAAUGAUUUAAAAAUAUUAUGUAUAAAAGAAGGAUAUAAAAUAAAUACAAGAGAAUCUAAUACCUUUUUUUUAUCCCUAUUUAUAUAUUCUAAAUAUGUUGAUAAAAUUUAUAGGAAGAGUAAAUUAGGUAAUGUCCCAUGUUUAAAAAAUCCUAUUGUUUUUUUUUUGUUACAAGGAAAUAAAAAAAUAGUAGUUGAAUAUUUAGAUCAAUAUAAAUUAGAAGAUAACAAUGAUGAUGUUAAUCAAACUGCUGAAAAUGAAAUGAAAGAAGUUAGCUUACUUAUGCCAUUAAAUCAUGAUAUAAUUGAAAUAUAUCAACCUACAACUUUAAACUUGUUUAAACUGUUUAAUCUAAAACAAGUGAUACCUGAAAAAGAGACUACAAUAACUAGUAAAGAAAUAAAUGAUAGUAAGAAAAAAAUAGAAAGUAUUUUUGACAUAUUUAAAGGUGGGAAAAAGUCUGAAAAACCUACUCAAGACAUGACCUCUAUAGAUAAAAAUAUUAACAAAGUUGAACCUACAAAGAUGGAAUUUCCCAUAACUUUUAAUCAAAACAAAGAAAAAGAAAAAAAUACACCAUUACAAAAAAUAAUACAAUCACAAAAGGAAAUAAAAAAAAGUUCAACCACUAAAUCUAAUGAGCUAAAUGAUGAAAUGAAUACUAACAAAACUUUAUUUGAAAAUGAGAAUUUUGUUGUUAAAAAGUUGUUAAAUAAAUAUAACAAAUUUUUAAACAAUGGAAUGUUUUUAUCAGAUGAAAUUUUAUUUAAGGAAAAUAUUUAUACAAUAGAAAAAAAGAAAAUCCCUAAAAUGAGUAGAAGAAAAAAAGAAUGUUAUUACAAUAAAAGAGACAAAAAAAUGGUAUUACUAAAUGACUAUGAUUGGGAUAGUAAACUGAACAUAUAUGAAAACGAAAUCCAUGAUAAAUCACCAAAUAAAAGUCAAGAAGAAAAAGACAAAUCCGAAUUUUAUGACUAUUUUCAUUGUGAAAAUUUUGAUUUUUAUAAAACUGAUAAAUUAUCAGAUGAAUAUUGUGAAAAGAUUGUAAAAAAAAUCGAAAAAAAACAAAAAUUUUUAUUUGAUAUAAAAAAAAUAUUUAUUACUCAACAAGGAGAUGAAAAUGAUGAAGGAAAUAACAAAGUGAUAGGAAAAAAAAAUAAUAAAAAUGUAGAAAAAAAUGAAAAUAAAAAAAAAGAAAUAAAAAUAGGUGUAACAAAAAAUGAAAUGGUUAAAUGUUAUAAAGAUUUAGAUUCCUAUUUUUCCAAAAAUAAAUUAUUAAAAGUUAAUACUGAAUUUUUUGAUACAUUAAAUAAGACAAGUAAUAGAAAUAUGCUCGAAAUUAUUUUAUAUAAUAUAUCUUUACAAGGAGAUUUCAAAAAUUGUGAAAAUUUUAUUUAUUUUAUUUUAAAUAAUUCAUAUAGUGAAUCUUUUUCAAGUUCUUUCUUUCUCCUCGAAAUUUUUAUUUAUAAUUUGUUACGUCCUUACAUAAGAAAAAAAGGGGACAACCAAAGUUCUAAUACUCAACUAACUGUUGGAGUUGAAAAAAAAGUAAAAUAUAAAAUUGACAAUGAAAAUGAUAAAAACAAAACAGUUGUUAAGGACAGUGAUUAUAGUACAGAUUAUGAUAUAGAUGAUGUUGUUUGUAAAAAAAAUAAAAAUGAAUAUGUUUCUAAAGUUAUUCCUAUUUUUACUAAUAUUACUGAUGAAGAAUAUGAAUUAAAUUUAUUCCAAUUAAUGAAUUAUAGUAUAGACUUUUUAAAUAACAGAAUAUGUAAUUAUUUUUCACAUAGAUUAUUACCAAUUGUUCUUGAAAAUAAUCUUAACAAAAUAUAUACAGACUUAGAUCUAAUCAAACAUUACAUAUAUAACGUCCUUUUGUCAGAAAAAAAAAAUCUUCAAAAAUCUAACUAA